AUGAAGAGACAGGUUGGGCUGGUUGAGUUGGGGCCUGGAACAGUUGGAUUGGGCCAGAGUGGAUUUGGGUUGGUAUUUGUUGGAUUAGAGGACCCAACUAAGUCGUGGGUUAAGGAAUCUUGGCCACAGACCUACACUAUGCAAAGGAACUGUGAGGCAUCCUUAAAAUGCCUCCAGAACAAGGGAUACCCUUACACUUUACAGUUGCAGUGCAAGGGGAAUCCCAUUGAAGGCUGUCCAGAGCUCAAAGAUGAGAUCUAUGCUAACCCAGGCAGGAACAUUGUGGAACCAGACCGCUCGUUAAGCAUUGAGCCCACUGAAUCUUCAAAUAAGUUUCGUGAAAAUCACACCUACCAACAUGAUUUUGGCUCAUGGUCAAACUUCUAUGCUGACUCUAAUGCUGUCCAACAGUCCCAAUUGAAUGCUUUUGAUGGUCAAUUUUACCCUUUCUUGGUGGACAAUCAGUUCCAACAUGCCCCUUUCAAUAUGUUCCCUCAAAGUUACCCUUAUGAGUACCAAUUCCAAGAUUUCCAAUAUUUUGUGGUCAUUGACUUUGAGGCUACGUGUGACAAGGAAAAGAAUCCUCAUCCUCAAGAGAUAAUUGAGUUCCCAUCUGUAAUUGUGAGUAGCAUGACUGGCCAACUGGAAGCUUGUUUUCAGACAUAUGUGCGACCAACAUGCAAUCAGCUUCUGACUGACUUUUGCAAGGAUCUGACUGGCAUCCAGCAAAUUCAGGAUUUGGUAUUAAGUAAUAAUGAUCUUGAGCACAAAUCUUUAGUGGACAGGCAUUCAUUACAUGAAGGAGGUGCUUUGAAGCUUAUUGCUUGGACCACUGUGGGCGAGGAUAGAAGAAAAAUUGUGUCCAGCAAAAUGAUUGAAAACUGUAAGAAACCGGAGCCACCAAUAAGAAAGAAACUGAAUUUAGCAUGGGUGCUUCUGGGAAUACAGGAAUCUAGUCAAAAUGGAACAAUUAACACCCAUAUUUGCGUGCUUUUCGGCGAGAACAAAGUCCUUGCUGCAUCAGUCCAUCCUGCACUCAUCUUUGAAGAUUUGUACGAAAACAUUUCACUUGCAAUUUUUCUUGUCGUUUAA